GCCUGGGUUCCCCGUUCCAAUCAAAGUCUUCUUAUACUCUGAUCAAGCACACCGCAACUUAACGUUUACUUGCCUCGUUGUUCCUCUGGACGUUCACCAGUCCAUGCCGUCCAUAGUCAACCUCAAGUUCAAGGGUAACAAGUCCUUUGUUGCUUUUAGCAACUUGAGCGACACCGAGUCACUCACAAAAACUUGGAAGGUAUGCACCAAAGUCGCUUCAUAUCUCGAGCAGGGCCAACGCCUCGAGAAUCUUUCUUGGCGACUUUGGCACUUGCAAAACCUAAUGGUCGACACAGACAAUGCAAAGUCCAAACGCGAAUUCAAGAAGUUGUCAAAGAACAUGGGUGACAAACUCGACAAAGAGAAGGGCCGUGCUAUUGAAUCUCUCGAGGCACCCGACUUCAAAAGAAACGCUUCAACUGACCUCAUCCGUCAACGUGCAGUCGAACGCGAACGUUCCCGAGAGGCUUCCCAGAACGCCCGGCCCGGUACCAUUAAGCGAAUGCAGUUUACAUUCAGUAUCGACGCUCCCCCCGGCUCAUUCCCUGCAACUUCAUCUUCAUCCUACACCUUCUCUGGCGAAGGCUCCACCCCCACCAAGCCAGACCUCAGACCUAGCGUUGAGUUCAGAGAGGGUCGCAGGCGCAGGAGAGGUGACGGAUCCUCUGGCACUAACCAUGCCUCUUCCGACUCCGCAUCCAACCAGAACGGUGUUUCUUCCUCUACAACUAACGACUCAUCUUACGAAAAAUUCGCCGCUUCGUAUGAAAAACUUCACUUCCCUCCCAUCUUUAGUACUUCGUUCGGUCCAACCGCUAUCCUCUACUCUACCCCCACCCUAUCUAACCCCAUGAGCUACGGGGAAGGUGUCAGCGGUGGCUGCGCAACUGGUUUUAGCAUUUACCGUCCGACUAUUGAACUUCCUCUAGACGAACUUUUAGGCGAGGAGUACGAUGGUGAAGACGACCAAAUGGCUGACGCCCCCAUCGAGCAACUAGACGAUACGAAGGAGGACGGCAACGAAGAAGGCGACGUCGUCAUGCGGUACGACGAAUAUAAUAGCGGCAACAGUAAUAAUGUCUCCACCCAACCCGAGGGCGAGUCCCUCCUUGGCGGGUCUGCAACAGCAGCUUCUGCUGAACAAGACGUUCUCAUGAGCGAUUCUCGUCAGCAGCAGCAACCUCAGCCAUCUACUCCUGAUCCGUUCCCGGUCCCGCAAGUUCCUUCUCACUCUCAUACUCACGCUCAAUCGCACCCGCGUACUCGUGGCAAGGACCGUUCCAGUAAGACGCCCACAAACCGUCCUGUACUAACUGUACAAACGUCUGCCACUAAGAAGACUGGUAAAGCUGGACGGCGUGCUUCUGGGGGCGUGAAGAGUCCCUCGUCUGCUGCUCCCUCAGCAUCUGCUCUCAAGCACUCUGCUGCUGCGAGCGCGAAACAUACUGCAACUGCGACAGUGCCUGCUUCCGCCACCGCAACAAGCCUCAAUCCACUUCUCACCCUCGGAGGCGCUGCACCGGGUGGAGGAAAGGCAACACUUACUGCUCCCGGCGGCGUCAAGGCUGAGUGUAGCAAUUGCGGCGCUACCCAUACCCCUCUAUGGAGAAGGGGUUUGAACGACGAAUUGAAUUGCAACGCUUGCGGUCUUUAUUGUAAAUUGCAUAAACGUCCGCGUCCAAAGUCCAUGCGUGCUAGUCAUGGGGAAGGACGACGCGGUGGUGCGUCGUCUUUGGCUUCUGCGUUGUCCACGUUGUCCUCGGUUGCAGCGCCACCGCAUUCUUCUUCUUCUGCGACGCCGGUCGUGGAGGUGGUGAGUCCCGGUGUGAGUGCGGCAGCUGCAAGUGCAAGUGCUAUUGCGAGUGUGAGUCCAAGUGCAGGUAUCAGCGGGAGUUCAAAUAUCGCUACCGCAAGUUCAGCCAAGGGUGCUGGUGUAAGUUCGAGUUCGAGUGCAGGCCCAAGUGUCACUGCGACUACAACUGUGACUGUCAUUGCGACUGCUACUGCGGGCAUGGGAUUAGGUUCAGGCAGGGGCGAAGUCGUAGAAAUCAUUGGCAGCGCCCAGUGCUACAACUGUCACACGACUGCAACCCCUUUGUGGAGGAAGGACGAUGAAGGCAAGACCGUUUGCAACGCAUGCGGCCUCUACUACAAGCUUCACGGCUCUGCUCGUCCCAUUAGUAUGAAAUCCGAUAUUAUUCGGAAGCGCUCUCGACACGACGCUCGUGCACAGCGCUCCUCCCUCACUGAGCCCCCAAGCGCUUCUAACACGCCAGGCACUCCCUCCGAAACUCCUUCUCAAACUCAGACGCCCUCUGCGUCUCCAGGCGUUUCACGCCGCCCUACGCCUUCGCCUUCGCCAAUUCUAGCACCAGACAGUACCACUCAACCUGUUGCCUCGCACAACAUGAGUGCGGGGAUGGGAGCAGGCGCAGGAAUGGUGGGUACGGGUAUGGGAGGCAGCAGCGAGUUGAUGGGUGCGCUGGGUGACACCUAUGCGGUGUAUAACCCCUUCCCUGGGCCAUACCACCCAGACUAUCUUAGCCAAAACUGGGUGCCGCCCAGUAUGGCUGGCGUCAGUAGUGGCACAAACGAGGCGUUACCAUUUUCUGGAGUCGACAGUAUCGACGGGGAAGUGGGUUCUAACGCGUCUUCAUCUAACGCGUCUCCAAAUACCAAUGGUGCCGGCAACAUUUCUAAUAACAACGCCAAUCCCACUGCGAACGCCAACUCGAACUCUAAUACGACUGGGCGUACUGCCAAGCGCCGUCGUAUGAGCACUGACAGCGUGUCAGAGCCGCCUAGUAGCGCGGUUUCUUACUCCUCUUAUGGAGGAGACAGUUUCAGAACGGGUUCUGGUGCGACAAGCGCAGGUACUUCUUCGUCUUCGCGACGCAGCAGCAUGGACUUCCCAUUCUUCAGCCCUUAUACUGUAUUCCGAGGGAACGGUAACAACGCGUUCUGGCACCACUCUAGCAACGGUGGCGGUGCUGAACGCAGCCCGCAAUUCGUGCACCCUCCAAUGUUACCUGAAGCUGCUGGAAUCUCUGAUGGACACGCGCAUGGACAUGGGCGUGGUGGGCAUGGACACGGGAUGGAUUUCCUGCACCCGCCAAUGAUGCUUCCGCAGGAGGAAGAGAGUCUUUUCGCGACCUAUUUGCAUCCCCCGAUGAUUCUUCCGCAGGAGGGUGAGCAGGUACAGCAUGGGUAUGAGUAUGGACAGGGGGAGUACUACGAGACGGGGAACAUGCAGCAGUACUAGACAGUUGGAUGUCGCAACAUUCUACGUCUUGCGCUCGGUUUGUCUCGAACGUCUUUUUCCUGUCCUCUCGUCCAUCGCAUCAUAUCCUGCAUCGACAUCGACAUCGCAUUCCUCAUCUGACGCACGACUUUGAACGCACUGACACGAUUUCACGCCAUUUCACGACAAUUUUUCCCGUCUUGUCUGUUUCUCCCUUUGCAAAUGUAGAGUUCACGCAUCGCAU